AGAAGUUUUGCAUACUGAAGCCAAUAUAAGAAGACAACAAUAUUGGAUACAAGUAUACGAAAUAGUGACUGUCUGAUACACGGAGAUACAACCAGCAAGAUGCAAAAUCUUUUAGUGACCAAAACUGACUUCCAGAAAGUCAAAAAUGCCACAGCUCACAAGACCCAAGACUACGACACCAAUGAAAUGGUGCUCAGAAGGGGACAGCCAGUUACAAUGGCUUUUACAUUCAACAGACAAUUAACGUCAAGAGAUGAGCUUAAAAUAAUUGUGGAAACAGGUCCCUCUCCAUCAAAGCAGACAAAUACAAAGGCAGAAAUGCUAGUGUCCAGCUCUAGCAGUGGGACAUCCUGGAGUGCGGUACGUGGAUCAAGCAGUACCAACGUCUUGAACAUUACAAUAAAUAUUCCAGUCAAUGCUGUGAUUGGCCGAUAUAAAAUGAGUCUACAGACUACCAGUGGAGGAAGACCGAAUGUCUCCAAAGUGGGAAACAUGAUUGUGCUGUUUAACCCAUGGGCAAAAAGUGAUGAGGUAUACAUGAGUAAUGAAGCCGAGAAAACAGAGUACGUUCUGAAUGAGAUUGGACUCUACUGGUUUGGAAAUGCGACUAGUUAUUCAUCUAGAAGAUGGGAUUAUGCACAGUUUGAAAGAGACAUAUUGAACAUCACCCUAACCAUGCUUGACAAGAAUGUAGAAUACAGGAAGAACCCAGCUUUGGAUGUGUCUCGCAGAAACGAUCCCAUUUACGUGGGAAGAGUACUAAGUGCUAUGGUGAACAGCAAUAAUGACAAUGGAAUUGUUGUUGGAAACUGGAGUGGAAGCUAUCCUGGUGGAGUGAGCCCAACAACAUGGAACGGAAGUGCUGCCAUUCUUCGCCAAUGGAUGCAGAAAGGACCUGUCAAAUUCGGGCAGUGCUGGGUGUAUGCAGGAGUACUUUGUACAGCACUCAGAUGUUUGGGGAUACCAGCUCGUACAAUCAUAAAUUUCCAGUCUGCUCAUGACACUGAUAAAAAUCUCUUUAUUGAUGAGGUCUAUGAUGAAAAUGGUGUAAAAGUUGAAGCUGAAUCUCAGGACAGCACUUGGAACUUCCAUGCAUGGAAUGAAGCCUAUUUUGCAAGAAAGGAUCUUGGGCUCCAGUAUGGUGGAUGGCAAGUAGUUGAUGCAACUCCACAGGAACAAAGCAGGGGUAUAUACCGAUUAGGACCAACCUCAUUGUAUGCUGUGAAGAACGGAGAUGUAGACAAACCUUACGAUACACCAUUUGUGUUUGCUGAAGUGAAUGCCGACACAGUAACCUGGGUAAAAAGUAGAGAUGGAACCAAAAGAAAGGUUUACACCGAUACUGCAGGUGUAGGGAAGCUCACCAGCACCAAAGCCGUUGGUGCCUUUGAACGCAAGGAUGUAACUAAUGACUACAAAUACCCUGAAGGUUCUGAUAAAGAAAGAGAGAUUUUUGAAAAAGCAAGAAAUAUAAUGGAGCCACCCAGAUCAUCUGAAGCGUUUGGAAUGUCUAUGCGCGAAUCAGAUUCUGCUGAUGAUUCUGCUCCUGUAAAACCUUUAUUUACUGGCAGUUUUAAAAAGGCCCCUGAAACACAAGUUGGUGAAGACCUGACAGUCACCUUGAUGCUCACAAACACUGUAACUGACCCCCAGAAGAUACAGAUCAACAUGACAGCCACCUCCAUAAUAUACAACAGUAAACCAGUUAAAGAUUUUCUUACUGAAUCCCAUUCAGUUUCCCUAGGACCUAAUGAAGAGAAACCUCUUGAGAUGAAAUUACCAUAUGUUGCUUAUAGAGAUGCCAUAACUGCAGACAACAUGAUCCAAGUUGUAGCUGUGUGUACCGAAGAAAAGGGAGGCAGCUUGCUAGCACAAACAGUGACUACGCUGAAGAAUCCAGCACUGCUGAUAAGGCCUAUCGAAGACGUCAAAUACGACAAAACUGCAAGUGUGGAUUGCAUAUUUACUAACCCAAUCAAAGAGGAUGUCCCGGACAGUAUUUUGAUUGUAGAGGGGAGUGGCCUUUUGCGUGACCAAGUAUUUAUCAAUGUACCAAGUAUGAAACCACAAGAGAGGAUUACAAUUACGUUUAAGGUGACCCCACACAGAAAAGGUGACAGAAGUCUCCUAGCGGAUUUCUCCUCUAAGAAGUUUCCAAAUGUGAAGGGCUUCCAAACAGUUCAGGUGGCUUCAUCAUAAAAAGCCAUACCUGCCGGAGGGAAGAGAAAAAAACCUAAUUUAGAAGCCUCAUUUGUUGUUUGUGCAUGGAAACAUCACCAUGCAAAAAGAUUUUUAAACAUUGGGGGGUCAUUUACUAUAGCGCCAGAAAGUACUUGGCACUAUUGCAUAUAAUAGCGCCCAUUUUAGCCAAUUAAAAUUUCAACAGGCAAAUGUGCGAAUGAAAAAUAGCGUAUUAGCGGCGAACAAAUGUUAGUAAAUUUGAAAUCAGCGCUAAUUAUCGAUUCUGCGGACAUGCAAGUGCCAAUUUUUACUAUGUUGUUAUAUAGUAUUGUACUGCAACCAUGGUCAAUGUAUGUGAAAGAAACAUUUUUAUAUGAGAUGUUCUCUACCUUGUGUGCAUCUAUUGAUGUAUAUUGCAAUUAGUAUUCCUAUUUUUUUUCCUUCUUUUGCUAACGCAUGCAGUUGUGAAUGAUUAUUACAGAGUAAUGUCUGCUAUUCUGUAAAGUUACAUGUAUUAAACAUUUAGGUUACCUA